AUGGAUUUUAUGCAGUUGUUGGACACUGCUAAUAAGAAUGCAAAAAGUUUAUCGAAGAAGAUUGAUGUACUUAAAAGUGAGGUUGACAGUGAGAAGCGAGCAGAAUUGAAGCGUAUUGAAGCAGAGAAAAAAUUAAGAACGGAAUCGUUGAAACGGAAAAAAGAAGUAACAACUUCGGCUGAGGUGGAGAAGAAGUUUGUUAUACCGAAAAAGAAAAAGGAGUCGUCUGAUGAGGACAAAGCGAAAGUGUUAGCUUACCUUGCCAAAAAGGCCGAAGAGGAACGGCAAGCUCUAAAGAAAAAACAGGCCGAGAAAGAAAGAUUGAUUCAACUACGCCUCCAAGCGCAUGGUGGUAAGGCUUCGAAAAAAAUUGCAAAAAAUUUCGGCUUAACCGCCUUGGACAUGCAAAUCAGGUACGGUCACGAUCACGAACAUGUGGAAAGGCUGCAGAAGCAAGCGUGGAGGGAAGAGGAAGAACGAGAUAAACUGGCUGCUCACUACAGGGAUGGUGUGUAUAAAGCAAUAGCUCAUAAAAGAGAAAUCGAGGAAAAGGUAAAACGUAGUGGUGGUCCACAAAGUAAGCAGCCUCAUCGUGCUGGUGGCAGCAAGUCGGAUAGCAUCGCAGGGCCUUCUAAUCGUCACCAAAACAAUUCUGGUCGGCCUUCUUCCCUUAACGACGUUUCUUCACAACCGAAAGUGCGUGAAUCUGGCGCUGAAAUGAAGAAGAACAAAUCGGCAUCAGUUCUCAAUUUUGAUGCUUUGAUGAAAACUGCAAAGGACAUUGCCGAAGGGAAGGAUUGCAAUCUCGGUUCUCAAUACGAUCGGAGUAAAGAUAAGAAUUCUUCUCGAAUUGCCCCCGCUCCAUCUCGCAUUCCGAAAACGUCUGACUUGGGAAAAUCGAUCAGUCGUUCAGGUGACCCGCCUCCAUUGGCCAAACAUUCUAAGCAAACUGGGAGCUGUGAGUCAAAUCCGAGGGGAGGAUCAUUCAAUCGUGGAACCUCGCAUGAUCUUCAUGUUCGCCCAGAAAGAACAACUCCAUCAUCAAAGGACAACCGGAGCAGCAACCUACAGAAGAGUGCACCCGAGGAAAAUGAUGAUAUGAAAAAGAGUAGGAAGGACCACAAGGGUCGUUUCAAAAAAGGUCCUACUCCUCCUCCUCUCAUCCCACCUGCUGUUGAAGGAAAAAGGUACCUUCCUGGAGAUAUUCGAUAUAAAAAAGCGGCAGAUACUUCAAAGCCUGCUCAGUCUUCCAACCCACCAGGCCAACCGGGACCUUCGAAAGUUGUGUCGAAAUCGGAGGCAAAUUCGAAAUACAUGGAAGAACGUAACAAGCCUGCGAUCAAAAAACCCGAAUUCGAUCGUAAUCGUCACUUGGAAAAGGGAAAAUCCCAAAAGGAUUCUUCAAGGGUUCAAGACUACAUGCCUCGUAAACGAGAUGAUGUCCGAUUGCAUGACCGAAAGCGAGACAGCCGUGACCAUUACGACAGAGCUCGUGAUAGGGAGAAAUAUCAACGCUACGAUCGCGCAUAUGAUUACGACGACGUCGUCAGUGAUGAGGACGACUAUGACAGCGAGAUGGAUGACUUUAUAGAUGAUAGCGGCUUGGAUAUGGAUGAGCUAAGUCGACAGGAGUUUGAAGAGACGCUCAAGAUGGUGAAUCCCAAGUACAACAAGAAGAAAUGGAGAGAACGCGAGCAGACUAUUAGUCUAAGGGAUAUGCAUGCAGAUUAUCGAACGAUUGCUAGAGAGGAGGCAAGAUCUGCUAGAAUCGGGCUCAUAGAAGAUCUACACGAAGCGACGAAAGGGAAAAGCGAGGCUUUAUAA